CACAAGACCAUACAGCACGCAAGCUAUUUGGUGUUCUGUUAAUCUAAUUUAGUCAAAAAGUUUGUUGUUGAGUUGUAAGCAUUAGACCAAGCUAUUUGAAUUUAAUUUCUACACCAAACAUUACAUGACGUCCCAGAAAAAGUUUUUGAUGUUUAUUCAAGGGAUUACAUCAUUAUCACCCGAUGAACCUAAAUUGAUGCAAAUAUGAAUCAUUUUGUUCUUCAACACAAUUCUGAUGUUAGCUUUGACCAAAAGGGUAUUUUCUUUUGUCCCAAACCAAUUCCAACAAGGCAAUUAAGAUUGAAAUUUUGCCAAGAAAACGAAGGGUAUGAUUCAAAUGUAGGAAUAGAGCUUCUACAUAUCAUUCAAAACAAGGAUGUUUCAUCAUCACCACCUUAUUUUCUUGGCUCUCCUCCUGUUAGAGCUUCUAAUCCUUUGGUCCAAGAUGAGCAAUUUAAAUGGGAGGAACACAUUCCUCAAUCAACACCUGUAGUUUCUUCUGCAUCAUCUGGUUUAUCCUCUCCAUCUUCACCGUUUCGGAAAAGAGGUUGUGUUAGAAUGAAGUUUGGAGUUAAAUCGUCUAAGGUUAGAGUAGUAGGAUUUGAUUGCCAUGUUCCGGCUGUUGCUUAUUGAUCUUGAUUCAAAGGAAGUGUACAUAGAAGACAAAGGUGAAGCAGUGGAUCAACAAGAGAUGACAAAUUCCAGUUAAUAAAUUAUCUGUUGGUAUCUAAUAUAUAUUUACAUACUGUAUAUAUCAAAUGGUUUUGGAUAGUAUGAUCAUCCUCUUUGUUUUUGUUCAUAUAUGCAGACAUGAUGCACAUAUGAUUAAUUCAAACUUUAAUUAUUCUCUUGAUCAACUUGUUGGAUGUGUGUAUCUUUUUUUUUGUUUUGAAGAAAGGUGCUUAUAGCAUUUCAUUAAUGAUUAAAGAUUCAAUACAAUUGGGUAUAGCAUAAUAAGUAACGGGACUAGCUAUUAAUGUGGCCUCUUUUGCAAGAUUAUGAGCUACCGCAUUUGUUUGUCGCCUAACGAACUCCACCCGAGAGUUGGAAAAUUUGCUAUUAAAGAGAGAACGAGAAGCUGAGACUA